AUGAAUGAGUGGGUGUGCCCCGACAUCAAUGUGGUGGGACCUCUGCAAAUUCCCCCCAGCGAUGAUUUCUCCAUAUCGGAGGGCUCCCACUUGUUUGAUAUUCUGGCUGAUCAGGGCAGUCCUCUCCUGCAGGAUCAUGACAUCCUGUCCUUUCCCAGCUACCCCAGCAUGCAGUACCCGUCCAUGGAGCCGAGCAUGUCUUCCACUCCGUACUACUCCAACCAGAGCUACUACCCGCAGUACGGCGGGGACGAGUGGUACUCCCACACCGGGAUAUACGAACUGAGGAAAGGGCCGCUGGAAGGCAGCUAUGAAGCCGAGAUGGAGGAGGGGUCUCCGGUCCUGCCGGUGGUGUGUAAAAGGACGCGGCACCUCUCGCAGGCCGGCAGGGUCAAAGGGGAGGAGCUGUGUGUGGUGUGUGGAGACAAGGCCUCUGGAUACCACUACAACGCUCUCACCUGUGAGGGGUGUAAAGGUUUCUUCAGAAGGAGCAUCACAAAGAACGCAGUCUACAAAUGUAAGAGCGGCGGGAACUGUGAGAUGGACAUGUACAUGCGCAGGAAAUGCCAGGAGUGCCGGCUGAGAAAGUGCAAAGAGAUGGGCAUGCUGGCAGAAUGCCUGCUGACAGAGAUCCAGUGCAAAUCGAAAAGGCUACGGAAGAACACCAAAUCCUCCCCGGGACAGUCGACCGGCGACGAGACAGAGGGAGCCGACAACACGGACAGCAAGCAGGUCAGCUCGACCACCAAACUGUCAAAGGAAAAGGUUGAAAUCACCAAAGAGCAGAAGGCGCUCACUAAAGUUAUCGUAGAAGCUUACAACCGACACCAGAUUCCUCAAGAUGUUGCCAAAAAACUGCUACAAGAUCAAUACAGUGUGGAGGAAAAUUUUCUCCUGUUGACAGAAAUGGCAACGAGUCAAGUUCAAGUUAUAGUGGAGUUUACAAAAAGUAUUCCAGGCUUUCUGUCUCUAGAUCAUGAGGAUCAGAUUGCUCUGCUGAAGGGCUCGGCUGUGGAGGCCAUGUUCCUGCGCUCCGCUCAGGUUUUCAGCAAAAAGAUGCCCAAUGGACACAAUGGCAUUUUAGAGGAGAGGAUACGCAAAAGUGGUAUCUCUGAAGAGUUUAUCACGCCAAUGUUCAAUUUUUACAAAAGCAUCAUAGGACUCCACAUGUCAUUGGAGGAACAGGCUCUCCUCACAGCCAUAACAAUCCUAACACCAGAUCGGCCUUAUGUGAAGGACCACCAAGCUGUUGAGAAACUUCAGGAGCCCAUGCUGGAUGUGUUGAGGAAGGUUUGUGUCCUGCAGCACCCACAAGAGCCACAGUACUUUGCUCGUCUCCUGGGGCGCCUGACAGAGCUGAGGACACUCACCCACUACCACGCAGAGAUGCUCACAUCCUGGAGGAUGAAUGACCACAAAUUCACCCCACUGCUCUGUGAAAUCUGGGAUGUGCAAUGA